AGGUCCCUCAGAGGCGGUGCCAGCGCAUGCGCAGCGCGGAGUCCCGGCCCGGGACACAAGAUGGCGGCAGCGGCGCUGGGGAGGGCGAGGCGGAGGCGGCAAAACGGGCGGUCGAGCAGAACGUGUAGCCGCGUCCCCUCGAGUCCGCUCCGGGCAGCUGCUGAUGCAAGGAAUCCCCUGGGCCCCCGUCCACGCCACUGCUGACCAGCCUAUCCGCCUGUGCUGAGUCUUCCUGCAGGCCUUUCCUCGCCUCUGUGGGACCCUGUGGGGGUCCAUCCGGCUGGAGAAGAAAACCCUCUCAUGCUAGUGUUGCAGACCUCAGAGGGUCCUGUGUGGGUGCGGAGAUGGCCAAUGAGAAUCACGGCAGCCCCCGGGAGGAAGCGUCCCUGCUGAGUCACUCCCCAGGCACCUCCAAUCAGAGCCAGCCCUGUUCUCCAAAGCCAAUCCGUCUGGUGCAGGACCUCCCAGAGGAGCUGGUGCACGCAGGCUGGGAGAAGUGCUGGAGCCGGAGGGAGAAUCGUCCCUACUACUUCAACCGAUUCACCAACCAGUCCCUGUGGGAGAUGCCUGUGCUGGGGCAGCACGAUGUGAUUUCGGACCCUUUGGGGCUGAAUGCGACCCCACUGCCCCAAGACUCAAGCUUGGUGGAAACCCCCCCGGCUGAGAACAAGCCCAGAAAGCGGCAGCUCUCGGAAGAGCAGCCAAGUGGCAAUGGUGUGAAGAAGCCCAAGAUUGAAAUCCCCGUGACACCCACGGGCCAGUCGGUGCCCAGCUCCCCCAGUGUCCCAGGAACCCCAACGGUGAAGAUGUGGGGUACGUCCCCUGAAGAUAAACAGCAGGCAGCUCUCCUCCGACCCACUGAGGUCUACUGGGACCUGGACAUCCAGACCAAUGCUGUCAUCAAGCACCGAGGGCCUUCAGAGGUGCUGCCCCCGCACCCCGAAGUGGAGCUGCUCCGCUCUCAGCUCAUCCUGAAGCUUCGACAGCACUACCGGGAGCUGUGCCAGCAGCGAGAGGGCAUUGAGCCUCCGAGGGAGUCUUUCAACCGCUGGAUGCUGGAGCGCAAGGUGGUGGACAAAGGCUCUGAUCCCCUGUUGCCCAGCAACUGUGAACCAAUCGUGUCACCUUCCAUGUUUCGUGAAAUCAUGAACGACAUUCCCAUCAGGUUAUCCCGAAUCAAGUUCCGGGAGGAAGCCAAGCGCCUGCUCUUUAAAUAUGCGGAGGCUGCCAGGCGGCUCAUCGAGUCCAGGAGUGCAUCCCCCGACAGUAGGAAGGUGGUCAAAUGGAAUGUGGAAGACACCUUUAGCUGGCUUCGGAAGGACCACUCAGCCUCCAAGGAGGACUACAUGGAUCGCCUGGAGCACCUGCGGAGGCAGUGUGGCCCCCACGUCUCGGCUGCAGCCAAGGACUCCGUGGAAGGCAUCUGUAGUAAGAUCUACCACAUCUCCCUGGAGUACGUCAAACGGAUCCGAGAGAAGCACCUUGCCAUCCUCAAGGAAAACAACAUCUCAGAGGAGGUGGAGGCCGCUGAGGUGGAGCCCCGCCUGGUGUACUGCUACCCAGUCCGGCUGGCUGUGUCUGCGCCCCCCAUGCCCAGUGUGGAGAUGCACAUGGAGAACAACGUGGUCUGCAUCCGGUACAAGGGAGAGAUGGUCAAGGUCAGCCGCAACUACUUCAGCAAGCUGUGGCUCCUUUACCGCUAUAGCUGCAUUGAUGACUCUGCCUUUGAGAGGUUCCUGCCCCGGGUCUGGUGUCUUCUCCGACGGUACCAGAUGAUGUUCGGCGUGGGCCUGUAUGAGGGGACUGGCCUGCAGGGAUCACUGCCUGUGCACGUCUUUGAGGCCCUCCACCGCCUCUUCAGCGUCAGCUUCGAGUGCUUUGCCUCACCUCUCAACUGCUACUUCCGCCAGUACUGUUCUGCCUUCCCUGACACAGAUGGCUACUUUGGCUCCCGCGGGCCCUGCCUAGACUUUGCUCCACUGAGUGGUUCAUUUGAGGCCAACCCUCCCUUCUGCGAGGAGCUCAUGGAUGCCAUGGUCUCUCACUUUGAGAAACUGCUUGAGGGUUCACUGGAGCCCCUGUCCUUCAUCGUGUUCAUCCCUGAGUGGCGGGAACCCCCCACACCAGCUCUCACCCGCAUGGAGCAGAGCCGCUUCAAACGCCACCAGCUGAUCCUGCCUGCCUUUGAGCAUGAGUACCGCAGUGGCUCCCAGCACAUCUGCAAGAAGGAGGAAAUGCACUACAAGGCUGUCCACAACACGGCCGUGCUCUUCCUACAGAACGACCCUGGCUUUGCCAAGUGGGGGCCGACGCCUGAACGGCUGCAGGAGCUGAGCACUGCCUACCGGCAGUCAGGCCGCAGCCACAGCUCUGGUUCUUCCUCAUCAUCCUCCUCGGAGGCCAAGGACCGGGACUUGGGCCGUGAGCAGGGCCCCAGCCGUGAGCCUCACCCCACUUAACAUACCCUGCGGGGAGGAGGAGCCCCAGGGGUGCUGGUGUGGACUGCUGGGACUCGGGGCCCCUGGGGUGGCAGCGAGACCCCGGCUGUCACUGAUACACCGAGAUUCUGGCUUUGCCAAGGCUCCCCUCCCUGCCCAUCCCCAACUCCUCACCUCAGACUCCAAGUCCCAUGUAUAUAGGUCCUGAUGCCUUCCCAACCCCACCCCUCACCCUGUUCCCACCUUGUUUCAUUUGUAAAAGGAAAUACAGAAACCCCC